UUGUUUUAAUAUAGGAAGUAAAUGUUCACUUUACAUGUGGAAUUUGUGAAAUGUCAUGCGAUGACUAUCAGAAUCAUCCAUGCGUAAAAGAUUAUGGAGAUCUCCACUUGGAUGAUAAUUACUAUUUUUAUCCGCUUUUAAACGACAAGGAAACGAUCAUACGGCGAGCACUUCUUCCAGAUGGAAGUGAAGGACUGAUAGAAGAUUCCAUUUAUUUUAAUAAAGAAAAUACUAGUCAAAAUUCAUUUAAAUCUCCGUUAGCCACUAAAAAACAACCUAAGCAACGCAAGCAAACAACUCCGAAAACAAGUCGAAAAAGAUUAAGCGACGAAUACACUGAACAAUUAAUUAUUGAGGUUCAACACAGAAUCCCUUUGUGGAAUUUCAAUAUUCCAGUGGAAGAACGUUCAAGAGAAAUUCAAGCUAAGCUCUGGGAAGAAAUAUCAGCAGCUCUGAAUGGAAAAUUAAGUGCCGCGGAAGCUAAAAUUAAAUUCAAAAACUUACGGGAUACCGACCGAAAGAUUAUUCAAGCUGAAAAUCGCGCUAGUGGUUCAGCUGCAGUAACGUCUUCAGAGAAAUGGAAGUUUUACCACUGUUGUGAGUUCCUAAGGGAUACUUGUUUAAUAAGGGAAACAGUCAGUAAUGUAAGACAAGACGAUGGAAAUGCUGAAGACGAUGGAAAUACUGAUAUGGACUCAUUAAUUGACGAUAGAGUCCCAAGCAACGGCAGAAAGCGACGACGCUCUAACAAGGAUGAUGUAAUGGAUUCAGCGAACGCUUUGAAUCGAAUAGCCGACGCCUUGUGUCGCGACAGUGAGCCCUUAACACUGCCAGAACCUCCAAAAAUGGAUACUGUUGGUGCUUUUCUCAUUGGUAUAGGCAACCAAAUACGACUGUUACCACAGCCAAAACAAAUGGAGAUCAUUAAGCAAUUACAGACAUCGAUUACGAUUCAGUAA